AUGUUGAAUUAUGAUGAUGAAGUGUCUGAAAUUGAAAUUUCUAAAACCAAAGCAGAGCACUCUUCCACAAAAGUGCUUCAUGAAAGAUUUUCCAUUGCUGAAGAGCUUGGACAUGGGCAGUUUGGAAUUGUUCACCGUUGCAUUCACAAUUCUUCCAAGAAAACAUACCUUGCCAAGUUUGUAAAGGUUAAAGGUGCUGACCAGGUUGCAGUGAAGAAAGAAAUUUCUGUUCUCAAUGUUGCUCGACACACAAAUAUUUUGUACCUGUAUGAAUCAUUUGAGAGCCUUGAGGAACUGGUUAUGAUCUUUGAAUUUAUCUCUGGUGUUGACAUUUUUGAAAGAAUUGGUGCAGCAGGCUUUGACCUCUGUGAAAGAGAGAUAAUAUCUUAUGUACGUCAAAUAUGUGAAGCUCUUGAAUUCCUUCAUUUGAACAGCAUUGGACACUUUGAUAUAAGACCAGAAAACAUCAUAUAUACAACAAGACGCAGCUCAAGAAUUAAAAUUACUGAGUUUGGUCAAGCCCGACAGUUAAUUCCUGGAGACAGUUUCAGGAUUCAGUUUACUACUCCUGAAUAUUAUGCACCUGAAGUUCACCAACAUGAUUUGGUCAGUACAGCAACUGACAUGUGGUCUCUUGGUACUCUUGUCUAUAUACUCCUGAGUGGUCUUAAUCCAUUUGCAGCUGAAACAAACCAGCAGAUAAUUGAGAACAUCACCAAUGCUGAAUACAACUUUGAGGAUGAAGCUUUUAAAGAAGUCAGCUUGGAGGCUUUGGAUUUCAUUGACAGACUGCUGGUAAAAGAAAGAAAGAGUCGCAUGACAGCUGCAGAAGCCCUUGAGCACUCCUGGCUUAAACAGAAGACAGAAAAGCAAAGCACAAAAGUGAUUAAGACACUAAGACACAGGCGUUACUACCAGAGCUUGAUUAAGAAGGAAUGGAACUUUGUAGUCUCUGUAGCUCGUAUUUCUUGCGGUGGUGCCAUAAGAUCCCAGAAGGGAACGACAGUUGCCAAGGUCAAGGUUGCAUCAAUUGAAAUAGGACCAAUUUCUGGACAGAUUACACAUGCUGUUGGAGAAGAAGGAGGAUAUGCCAAAUUCUCUUGCAAGAUUGAAAAUUAUGAUCAGUCUACACAAGUUACUUGGUACUUUGGCAUCCGCCAAUUAGAAAAUAGUGACAAGUAUGAAAUCACAUACAAUGAAGGUCUUGCAACAAUCUAUAUCAAAGACAUCAGAAAAUCAGAUGAUGGCACCUAUAGAUGCAAAGUAGUCAAUGACUACGGUGAGGACAGUUCUUAUGGUGAAUUGUUUGUAAUAGGCGUCAGAGAACAAUCUGACUAUUACAGAUGCAGGACAGUGAAGAAGGUAAAACGGAGAGUUGAUGCCAUGAGACUUUUGGAAAGACCACCAGAGUUUACAUUGCCUUUGUUCAACCGCACAGCUUAUAUUGGUGAAAAUAUCAGAUUUGGUGUCACAAUCACAGUCCAUCCUGAUCCACAGGUGACAUGGCUGAAGUCAGGUCAAAAAAUCAAACCUGGUGACGAUACAAAGAAAUACACUUUUGAAUCUGACAAAGGUUUGUACCAGCUUAUCAUUCACAACCUGACAACAGAUGAUGAUACAGAGUAUACUGUUGUGGCAAAGAACAGAUAUGGUGAAGACAGCUGCAAAGCUAAGCUCACAGUUAUUCCUCACCCAGCAGCAGCAGACAAUACCUUACGACCAAUGUUUAAGCGUUUGCUUGCAAAUGCUGAAUGCCAGGAAGGUCAGUCUGUCCGCUUUGAAAUUAGAGUAUCAGGAACUCCAAAACCAACACUGAAAUGGGAGAAAGAUGGUCAGGCCCUGGCACUAGGCCCCAACAUUGAAAUUAUUCAUGAGGGUCUUGAUUAUUAUGCACUCUUCAUUAGAGACACUUUGCCAGAAGACUCAGGUUACUACAGAAUAACGGCUACCAAUAGUGCAGGAUCAACAAGCUGCCAAGCAUACCUGAAGGUUGAGCGCAUGCGAUAUGUCAAGCAUGAGUACAAAUCUGAAGAAGAACGUAAAGUACAUGUACAGAGGCAGAUUGACAAAACCCUGAGAAUGGCAGAAAUUCUUGCAGGAACUGAUUCUGUCCCACUGACACCAGUUGCACAGCAAGCCCUAAGGGAGGCUGCAAUUUUGUACAGGCCAGCAGUGAGCACCAAAACUGUAAAAGGUGAAUAUGAGAUUACAAAAGAGGAAAAGAAGAAAGAAGUAAAAGUAAUCCGCAUGCCAUAUGAAAUUCCAGAACCACGUGUACAUGGUGCAACUGCACUUGAAGAAGAUCAGUCUAUUAAAAAGUUUGUACCAAUGUCUGAUAUGAAAUGGUACAAGAGAUUGAGAGAUCAGUAUGAAAUGCCAGAACCUCUUGAGCGCAUUGUUCAAAAACGUCCAAAGCGUAUUCGUCUCUCAAGGUGGGAGCAGUUCUAUGUGAUGCCACUGCCACGCAUCUCUGAUCAAUACAAACCUAAAUGGCGCAUACCAAAAGUAUCACAGGAUGACCUGGAAAUUGUAAGGCCUGCUCGUCGUCGUACACCAUCACCAGAUUAUGAAGUUUAUUACCGGCCACGCCGACGUUCUCUUGGGGAUGUCUCUGAUGAUGAAUUACUUCUCCCAGUUGAUGACUAUUUAGCUAUGAAAAGGGUUGAAGAGGAAAGAUUACGACUAGAAGAAGAGUUGGAACUUGGCUUUUCUGCCUCUCCCCCAAGUCGUAGUCCUCCAAGAUUUGAGCUGUCAACCCUACGUUAUACCUCACCAGAAACUCAUGUUAGCAGAGAGAAGAGAACUGAAGCAGAAUCCAGGUAUUCCACUUACCAUAUCCCAACUAAAGAGGAGAUCACAACAAGCUAUGCAGAUCUUAGAGAGCGUUAUGAGAGAGCGAUAUACAAGCCACCCAAACAAAAACAAAGAAUUAUGGAAGAGAGGGAGGAUGAAGAAUUACUUCGUCCAUACAGCACAACCCGGAGGAUUUCUCAGUAUACAAGAGAUCUUGAAUACAUGGAGAAGGAAGAAAAAAGCAGACUGCUAUCAAGAAGAGAAAGAGAAAUAACACAAAUAUCUGAUGUUGAAGAAGCUCAGGAAGAAGUUAGCAGGAGAGUCAGCAGACAAGUACGCCAAGCAUCUCCUGAAGUAACAAGAUUACUUGGAAGGAGAAGAUCUCUCUCUCCAACUUAUAUUGAGCUUAUGCGCCCUGUAUCUGAACUAAUAAGACCUCGUUCUAAACCAGCUGAGCCAGAGAGAAGAUCUCCUACACCAGAGAGAACAAGACCUCGAUCUCCCAGCCCUGUUUCAAGUGAUAGAUCACUUUCACGUUUUGAAAGAACUGCAAGAUUUGAUAUUAUGUCAAGGUAUGAAUCAAUGAAAGCUGCUCUUAAAACACAAAAGUCUUCAGAAAGAAAGUAUGAAGUUUUAACUCAACAGCCCUUCACCUUGGACCAUGCCCCCCGUAUAACUUUGAGAAUGCGUUCUCAUCGUGUCCCUUUUGGCCAGAACACAAGAUUUAUUCUCAAUGUGCAAUCAAAGCCUACAGGUGAUAUUAAAUGGUAUCAUAAUGGUGUUGAAAUUCAGGAAAGCUACAAAUAUCAUAUUAGUAAUGUGAGCGGAGUCUUGACUCUGGAAAUCAUUGACUGCCAUUCAGAAGACAGUGGAACAUACCGUGCCGUAUGUACAAACUAUAAAGGUGAGGCCUCUGACUAUGCCACCCUAGAUGUUUCAGGAGAUGAUUUUUCUACCUAUACACCAAAAAGGAAAGAUGAUGUUGUGCCUAAGUCUGCUUUCCCAGAGCUGCUGAAAUCAGAAGAUUAUGCAUUUGCUUCAUUUAAGAAAACAUCUGAAUUUGAGGCAAGUUCUUCAAGAAGAGAAGUUAAAUCGCAAAUAACUUCAUUAAGAGAAUCUUCGGAAUCAUAUGAGGCUUAUGCAUCUGAAGAAAAGAGGGUUUCUGCAUCUGAAGCAAAAGCACUGGGAGAAAGAGUUGUGCACAGGAAAUUUAAGAGUUCAGAGCCUGCCAAAAUACUCACAAAACCACAGUCUGUGACAGUAUCUGAAGGUGAGAGUGUCAGGUUUUCAUGUGACUUUGAUGGUGAACCAACCCCAACAGUUACAUGGCAGCUUGCUGGAAAAGCUAUCGUUUCCUCUACACGUCACCACAUAACAUCAACAAAGUACAGCUCUACCUUUGAAAUCACCUCUGUCAAGUUGUCUGAUGAAGGCAACUAUACAGUAGUCGUGGAAAACUCUGAAGGAAAGCAAGAAGCACACUUCACACUGACAAUUAAACGAUCAAAAGCAGCUGAGAAAGGUGUUACAUCACCACCCCCCGAGUAA